AAGAACUGAUCCUGUGGGCACCUUGAUCUUGGACUUCCAGCCUCCAGAACUUUGAGACUGUAAAUUUCUUUUGUUUUAGCAGCUCAGUUUGUGGUCCUUCAUUACAGCAGCCCCAGGAAACUAAUACACCAUGAAAGGGAUUGUAUCAAGAAGGCUUAGUCAAAGUGCCCUGUUUCAAGACACUCUCCACAAUGCAUGUGGCUGGGCGAAGCUGCAACAAGAGUACAGUUUCCUAGGGCUUCUGAAGUGGCAACAGCUGAUGAGUAUCAAGAAAUCCCUUUCCUGCAAAGGGGCAGAGUUUAUUGUAUUUGGAACCCGUGACAACUCAUAAUGGGGAGAAACUUCUAAGCGAGGAGAAACAGAACAGCAGGUCAUGAAAAUAUGGAGAACAAAUAUCCACUCAGAAGUCCUUUCUGUUCCUCUUUCUUCUUUCUUUUGAUUUAUCUCCUUUCCUUGAUUCUCUUCUCGUUCUUUUUGAAAGGCCCUGAACUUAAGUUUCCCUCAUUUAAGUAUAAAUGCUUCCUUCUCCUUCUGUCCUGAGCUUUUCUGAGUUUCCUUAGUUCCCCAUAUCUUUUUCUUACAAUAAUAUGAACUUUGCCAUAUUAAGUCAUAGGCAUUAAAUUGAAGGGCUUCCUGUUGGUUCUAACAUUCUGAAACUGAGUGUAUUGUUGAACAAUUUUUACCAAUACUUUUUAUGAUUUUAACAGAUGGUCAUAUUCUUCUCAACCUUAGUUUUUCAAAUUGAAAUGUUCUAAUUUUUGUAGUUUAUCUAUAGAUAAUAAGUAAGCUUGAUUAUUUUUGUUUUCUCUGUCAUACCAAAUAGACACUCAACCAUGCAUUUUAAAACCUUUUAGAUGGUCCUUAAAAUGUUGCUUUUGGGGGGACAUAUGUGUAGCUGGAUGUUUGGCUAAUGUAGUGGUAAUAGUAAUUAUGUCAGACAUGAUUACGAUUUAUUGAACCCUCAGUAGAAGAAACUGUGUCAAAUGAUAUAUUAUGAACUCAUUUAAGGCCCUCACCUUUCUGAAGUAUUAAUCUGACCACUUUUCAAAUGAGGGAAGUUGCGCUGAGAGGAAUCAAGUGAUAGAGAGAUUUUGAUGUCCAGCUGUGAUUUAAGUCUGUGUCUUCCAAAAACAGACCUUAUUUCCCAAGUAAUAGCUUCAUUUCUCAAAUGUAAAUUUUUAUUCUUUUCCUCUAAUUUUUAUUGUUAUGCCUUUUCAUACCUUUACUACAGAAGAGUACCUACUUAGUUUUGUUUUAAAUAUUAUUUAUUGCAAAAUUGUUUUUCACUUAAGCAUGAGAUAGACUGCCCUCUGAAAAUUAAAAUGAAAACAAUGAACUGGAGAGAUAAAAUAUUAUUUAGUCAUUUUAAGUACUUAAUGACUUUCUGUGAGAAUUUCCUUAACUUUUUUUUUGUUCUUCGUACAUGGUUUUUGUCCAUGGUUCGGGAUGACUUUAAAGGUGGAAAAAUUAAUCUAGAAAAAGCUCAGAAAUUACUUGAAAAAUUAGAUAUUCGGUGCAAUACUAUUCAUGUGAAAUGUAUUUUUAAGGAUAAUGACAGGCUGAAGCAAGGAAGAAUCACCAUAGAAGAAUUUAGAACAAUUUAUCGAAUUAUUGCACACAGAGAAGAAAUUAUUGAGAUUUUCAACGCCUAUUCCGAAAACCGGAAAAUUCUUUUUGAAAGGAAUCUGAUUGAUUUUUUGACCCAAGAGCAGUAUUCACUUGACAUUAAUAGAAGUAUUGUUUAUGAGAUCAUUCAAAAAUAUGAACCUAUUGAAGAAGUUAAGCAAGCACACCAGAUGUCAUUUGAAGGUUUUACAAGAUAUAUGGGUUCAUCUGAAUGUCUACUAUUUAAUAAUGAGUGUGGAAGUGUUUAUCAAGAUAUGACCCAUCCAUUGAGUGAUUAUUUUAUUUCAAGUUCACAUAAUACAUACUUGAUAUCUGACCAAAUAAUGGGACCAAGUGACCUUUGGGGAUAUGUAAGUGCCCUUGUGAAAGGAUGCCGUUGUCUGGAAAUUGACUGCUGGGAUGGAUCGCAAAAUGAACCUGUUGUAUACCACGGUUACACAUUAACCAGCAAGCUUCUGUUUAAAACUGUUAUCCAAGCAAUACACAAAUAUGCAUUCAUAACCUCUGACUACCCAGUGGUGCUCUCUUUAGAAAAUCACUGUUCCCCUUCCCAACAAGAAGUGAUGGCAGACAAUUUGCAGUCUGUUUUUGGAGAUGCCUUGCUUUCUGAUGUGCUUGAUGAUUGUCCAGACAGACUACCUUCACCAGAGGCAUUAAAAUUCAAAAUAUUAGUUAGAAACAAGAAAAUAGGAACCUUAAAGGAAACUCACGAAAGGAAAGGUUUUGAUAAGCAUGGUCAGGUACAGGAAUGUGAAGAAGAAGAGGAGGCAGAACAAGAGGAGGAAGAAAAUGAGGUCAGAGAUUCAGAAAUAUUGGAUAUUUUACAAGAUGAUUUGGAAAAGGAAGAGUUGAAACGGGGAGUUGGAAUUAAAUUUUUCAAGAAAAAGAAGGUAAAAAUAGCUACGGCCCUAUCUGAUCUUGUUAUUUAUACUAAAGUUGAGAAGUUCAGAAGUUUUCACUAUUCAAGGCUUUAUCAACAAUUUAAUGAAACUAACUCUAUUGGGGAAACACAAGCCCGAAAACUUUCAAAGUUGAGAGCCAGUGAAUUUAUUCUUCACACUAGGAAGUUCAUUACCAGAAUAUAUCCCAAAGCGACAAGAGCAGACUCCUCUAAUUUUAAUCCUCAAGAAUUUUGGAAUAUAGGUUGUCAAAUGGUGGCCUUAAAUUUCCAGACCCCUGGUCUGCCUAUGGAUCUUCAAAAUGGGAAAUUUUUAGAAAAUGGUAACUCUGGAUAUAUUUUGAAACCACACUUCUUAAGAGAUGGUAAAUCAAUAUUUAAUCCAAACAAAGCACCAAUCAACAGUAAUCCAAUUACACUUACCAUAAGGCUCAUCAGUGGUAUCCAGUUGCCUCCCAGUUAUCAUUCAUCAUCCAACAAAGCUGAUACAUUGGUGAUAAUAGAAAUUUUUGGUGUGCCAAAUGAUCAAAUGAAACAGCAGACUCGUGUAAUUAAGAAAAAUGCUUUUAGUCCAAGAUGGAAUGAAACAUUCACAUUCAUUAUUCAGGUGCCAGAAUUGGCAUUAAUACGUUUUGUUGUUGAAAAUCAAGGUUUGAUAACUGGAAAUGAAUUUCUUGGGCAAUAUACUUUACCAGUUCUAUGCAUGAACAAAGGUUACCGUCGUGUUCCUCUGUUUUCUAAAAUGGGUGAGAGUCUUGAACCUGCCUCCCUAUUUAUUUAUGUUUGGUACAUCAGAUAGCAGCUAAUAGUGCCAGAAAUAUCAUUAGCUAUACAUUGCAAUAAAACAGCCAACAUGAGCAUGCAUAUCUUUUUCCUUUUUUUCCCAACAUGAAGCAGAAUAAUUAUUUACAAAAACAGAAAUAUUGAACAAAACUCACUUUUUUUUUCAUGGUGCCUUUGGCAUAUGGGAAAUCUCAGGCCAG